AUGAAUCAAAAUAUUAAAAUAAAUCAAAAUAUUACUAUUUCUCCUACCAAUUCAAUCGAUAGUAGUGGUUAUAGUAUUUCUACUACAUCAUCCGCAAAUAGUCAAAACCUAAAUCGACCAAAACCUUGUGAUUAUAUUAAAACUCAUAAAAAUAUAUCAUUUUCAUUUGCAGAAAAUUUAAAUAGUUUUCAAUUAGGAAAUUUGGGGGAUUCUGAUACAUAUCUUGUGGGUACCGUUCAUUUAAAUUAUCCUCGAGUUUGUGCGGUAAAAAAUGUUUUUCUUCAUUUUAAAGGAGUAGAAAAAACUUGUUGGUAUAAAUCUCAAGCUAGAACAAAAAAUAUUUAUUCAGGUGAACAUGUAUUAGUUGAUCAAUCAAAUAAAAUAUGGGAAGCAUUUGAAGAAUCAGAAGGGAUAACUACUUUAGAUAUACCAUUUAAAAUACAACUUCCUUAUGGACUUCAAGAAACAAUAACUACCAAUAUAGGAACUGUACAAUACGUUCUUCGUGCAUGUGUUAAUACUAAAGGAUUAAUAAAUAUACCUAAUGCACAUAUAACCAAAUUACAUUGUCCUUUAAGACAAACAUUAAUAUUAAAUAAUUCAUUAUCAUCAUCAUAUAAAAUAUGUGGAGAAUCACCCAAUGGAAUUGAAUAUACAUUUUUAUUACCACCGAAUAAAACUUUUAAUAUGGGUAGUUAUGUAUCAAUUCCCAUGAUGAUACGAUUCUCACGUCCUGGAUUAGGAAUUGAUAGAUUAGAAAUAAGUUUAAAAGCUUUGAUGGAUUUUUCAUGUUCAACUCAAAAUGAAAAAACUCAAGUUGAACAAAAAAUUGGUGGAUUAUUAAUUUCCAAUUCGGAAUUACGAAAUGUAAUAUCCAAUAAUUCACAAUAUCGUUUAGGAGAAUAUAUUCAUAAUAUAAAUUUAUUUGUUCCUCGUGAUAUACAACAAACUUAUCAAGGAAAUCUUAUUAAUAUAUCACAUCAAUUAAAUAUAAAAUUUUGUUUAUUUGGAUUUGAGGCAGAUUUUCAAGUGGAUGAAUAUAUUAGAAUUUCUCGACGAAGAAAAUUACCACAAUUAUCAAUACAUGAAGAUUCAUCUGAAUCUGAUAUAUCUUCUCAUUCAUUACCUUCUCCUCCUACUCCUGUUGUUAAUGAAAUAAAUACAAAUACAAUAAAAUCACCUUAUCCAACACCACUUUCUCCUCCUCCUUAUCGUCAACCUGUGAUCCGUGAAUCUUCAUUUGGUAAUAAUAAAGAUAAUGCUAAUUAUAUUAAAUAUAAAAAAUAUACAGAGUAA